CUUAGGAGCUCGUUGAAGCAACGCGAGGGCCUGCGUCGGCCCUGGAUUCUAUUUUCUCAGAGCCUUGGAGCCAAUCGCGCGUGGCGCGUCGUGGGAGAACAUUAGGUCUAGCCGUGACGGAGAGCUAGGGAGGUCUAAACCAGGUUCUAGAAUCCUCAAGCCGCAUAUUAGCAUUUGGCAUCGCGUUAAUUCCAUUGAAGCCAUGAAGCGGCGCGGGGCUGCUCUGAUAUUUGAUCUUCCCGACGAGGUGCUGACGUCGAUCGUACGUCAGCUCGAAAACCCCGCCGAUCGGCGUAACGUCGCACUCGCCUGCUCGCGAUUUCGCGAGCUGGAGAACCGCUGUCGCCGCAGCCUGACCUACAAGGUCAAACAGGGAACCCCCCAGGUUGAGAUUCUAGAGAUUCUCCUUCAGCGCUGCACGGGUCUCGAGGAUCUGUCCGUGAUCAACGAUCGAGGAAAAUCGACGGUUGGCGAUGAGCUGCUGCUGGCCGUCGGAUCGAAAUGCUCGCAGCUGGAGCGGCUGAGCGUCGUCGGAUGCGACGAGGUGACGGCUGACGGCUGGAGGACGUUCGGUGACCAGUGCCGGACCCUCAAGUCGCUCGAGAUCCGUCUGGUGUCUGCUGCAGCCGUCUGCCCUCCCAUCUCCGCCUUCCCCGCCCUCCACUCCCUCACCCUCUACCGCCUCGACGGCCUCCCCAUCCAGAUCGCCUCCCUCUCCCUCUGCUCCGCCCUCACCUCCCUCUCCCUCUGGCACCUCACCGACCCCAUCCUCUCCUCCCUCUCCACCUCCCCCUCUCUCUCCUCCCUCCAGUCACUCACUCUCACCGCAGCAUCGGUCAGAACCUCCCUUGCAGCCCUAGGCGCCUUUCCCCUCCUCUCCUCCCUCUCCCUGCGCACCUGCUCGCAGAUCGGCCUCCCUGAGUUGGACCUUCUCGCCCUCUCCCUCCGAACCCUCACCCACCUGUCCAUCCAAGACUGCCCCGUGAUUCCAAGCUCGGCUGUAGCGGCUGUAGCUGCGACUAACCCGUCGCUCGCCUCGCUCUCUCUCCGGGGAAACACUCACCGGCUCUUUAGCGCCGUGGGCCUCCAAGCGGCGCUUAAUUCCGCCGCUGGCUCUUUGGAAACGCUGGCGCUUAGCGGGCUGCCGUCGCUUAGGCCGGGCUUGCUUGCUGGGUGCGCGCGCUUAAAGGCGCUGAGGAUAGAGUUUGGGAAGGGCUCGGUGCUUGAGGUUGCUGGUAUGCUGAGCAGAGGGAGGGGGGCCGCGGGGGAGGUUGGGGGAGUGGUUGGGGGAGGCGGGGAGGAGGAUGCUGCUGGCGGUGCUGCUGGUGCUGCUGGUGCUGCUGGUGCUGCUGCUGGUGAUGCUGCUGAUAGGACUGCUGGCGGUGGUGGUGGUGGCGGGGGCCUUGAUAGGGGCGGAGCAGCAUGGGAAGGGGGACGUAGAGGGGGAAGGAGAGGGGGAGAGGGGAGGCAGGGAGGGGGAGCGGAAGGAGGAGGGGGACUGGAAACAGCAAGAGAGCGCGGAGGCAGGCAAGGGGAGAUCAUGGAAGGGGGAAGGGGAGAGGGGGGAGAGGGGGGAGAAGGGGGAGAAGGGGGAGAAGGGGGAGAAGGGGGAGAAGGGGGAGAAGGGGGGGAGGGGGAAGUGGGGGAUGAGGGGAUGGCGGGGGGCGACAUCAUCCGUUACUGGAGAGGAGUGGCCCGCCACGACCUGCUAGCAGCGUCCUUCUCAGCGGCCGCAGACGCCGAGUCGGUCAUCCGAGACCUCAACUCCGCCGGUGAUGCAGCAGCACCGCUUUUCAUGGAUGCCAGUGUCUCGGUGCUCGCGGCGUUUAGUGAGGUGGACGAGAGGGGGGCAGUGGCGCCUGGGGAGAGCGUGGGCGCUGCGCUGUCUGCUGUGGAUGCGGCUGUUGCGGGCUUCCGCGAGUUUGAAACGGCGGCCGCAGAAAUGGCUGCCGCGUCUGUGUUCCUUGCUGAUGCCAUGCAAUCCCCUGCUUUUCCCAUCGCCUCUGCUGCUGCUGCUGCUGUUUCUGGUGCUGCUGCUGGUGCUGCUGCAGGUGCUGCUCCUGCUGGUGCUGCUCCUGCUGGUGCUGCUCCUGCUGGUGCUGCCCCUAAUGGUGGUGCUACCGCUGCUGCCGAUGCUGCCAAUAAUGCCGCCCAUCCACCUGCCGCUGCUGUUGCCAAUGCUGCCAACGCUGCCGAUGCUGCCGAUGCUACCAAUAAUGCCGCCCAUCCACCUACCGCUGCUGCUGCCAUUGCUGCCAAUGCUGCCGACGCUGCUGACGCUGCCGACGCUGCCAAUGCUGCCGAUGCUACUGAUGCUGCCGAUGCUGCCGAUGCUACCGGUGCUGCCGAUGCUGCCGAAGCUGCCGAUGCCGCCGAUGCUGCCGAUGCCGCCGAUGCCGCCGAUGCUGCCGAUGCUACCGAUGCUGCCGAUGCCGCCGAUGCCGCAGCCCCUCCACCUGCCCCUGCUUGGGCUCCACCACCGGACGACCCCUUCGCCUCCACACGCCUGGCCGCCCUCCUCUCCGAGCUCGAGCAAGCCAUCGCCGCUGCCUCUGCUCGCUUCGCACACCUCCCCAUCCUCGACGCCCCCGCCGCCGCCGCAUCAGCAGCAGCAGAAUCAGCAGCAGCGGGAUCUGGCGGUGCAGGCAUGCAUGGCGCUGCGCCGGCGGUGCCCGUGAUGCCGCUGCAGCGGGUGGGGCUGCUGCGCUGGCGGUACCAGCAGCUGCUGGAGAGCGUGCUCUCAUUCCGGCGCUAUGCGCGGUCCAUGUACCUCAUCCGAGAGAGAGUCCGACGCGCUGUGCGCACUCGGGGAGGUGCGGGGGGAGGGGAGGAGGGAGGGGGCCGGAGAGGAGGAGGGGGCCAAGGCAGAACAGGUGGAGGAGGAAGGGAGGCGGAGGGCAGGAGAGAAGGGCCAGCUGAUUCACCCGCUGCACGCGCUGCACGCGCUGCACGCGCUGCACCUUUGGAGACGGCUACAGUGCCUCUGGAGUCCCUCUGCCUCCACUACUUCAACUUCGUCCCGGACUUCCGAGCCUCCCUGGAGUCCACCCCCCCCUCGCCUCCUCCUCCCUCACGCCGCCCAUCGCGCCGCUCCCCCUCCCUCCUCAACCAUGAGUCUUCCCUCUCGCCUCCGCCUCCCCCAUCGCCUCCCUCCUCUCUUAACCAUGAGGCGCCCCUCUCACCUCCCCCAUCGCUCAACGCGUUUCAGGGGUUGAGGCGGCUCUCCCUGCAUGCGUGCUCGGGGCUCAAACGAAGGGAUUUUCGCACGGUUCUGCAGUCCUGUCCCGUUUUAGAGCACCUUCUUGUGGACUAUAACGACGCGUUUUCCGACCGGGUCAUUUCAGAGUGUAGACUGGAAAAGCUGACGCAUUUGAGUGUGGUGGCGUGCGCCAGGGUGACUGUGGAGGGUAUUGGGGGUAUUCUUGGGAGUUACCCCAGGCUACGGUGGGUUAAGGUGGAGAAGGUGAAAGUGACAGAGAGAACUAGAAGGGUGUUCCUGAGGGCAGGUGUGAUUAUAAGAGGGAUGUGAUUAAUGGAGUUUGGGUGUGGUCAGUGAAAUACAAGUGAAGCGGCGAGGCAGUGAGGUAGCAGGAGGGGGGAGGAGGGGGAUGAGGAGGGGGGAGAGAAGUCGUAGUAGCAGUGGCAGUAGCAGUAGCAGGAGGGUUUGGUUUGGCAGCAACAGGUCCAGGAGGGGCUGGAGUGAAGCCGGUAGUUGCUUGUGCAGUCUCGGGGUUCAGCUGUCUCGCUGCUGCUGCAGCUGCUAGUGUUGAUGCUGUGGCUAAUGCUGCUGCUGCAGCUGCUGCUGGGAUCUAUGCUGCUGCUGCUGUUGCUGGAAAUAUGGGUUACGAUAUGGGCAAUGACAUGGGCUGUGACAUUGGCUAUGGCACGGGGUAGUACAGGCCAGCCGGAAACAACGUCAUGGGUUUGCUGCAACAAUAUAUUCCUUUCCUCUCACUGAACAGCGCAUUCAACUUGAUACAAAGUGCCGGCCUGCCUGCCUGCCUGCCUGCCUGCCUGCCCCACCAACCUCAGCUAACCCCACCAGUCUCGGAUGUCGCGGGAUCUGACCAGCCACCCGCCCCUCAAGGCAAGGGAGGCACAUUCCAUCAAGUUGAACGUGCCUGCACACCCGGCACUAUAUCAUCAAAUCAAAGCUUCCUUGACUC